GUGGUGGGGGGCGGCGCGGCCAUGGCGGCGGCGGCCGGCGGCCAGGUGGGCGUGGAUCUGGGAAGUGGAGGGAAGGGAGAUCUAGCGGGGAGUGGGGUACUCAGUAGGCAUCGUGGUCGUUGCUUCGGUUUUGUGCUCGAGACGACCAACUGGUUAAGAGCAAUCGUUACAAUCAGACUUGAGGUAGCACUGCACACAGGAGUAAUCAUAGUUGUGGGAUCGAAUACAAGGGUUGUGCAUCAAAGUGACAUGGUUGCAGGUGCAGAGAUGCGCCGGAGCAUCACAGGCUGCUCGGUGGGAGGAGCAGAGCGCCAUGUCCGGCGAGCAGUGGGGAUUAGGCAGGGAGCAGACGACGCGGCGACCCAGUCGGACAGCCUUUUGAGGGGGUGGCUGUGGCGGAACCAUCCAAAAGUACUGGGGCGGGGUGCACUGAUCUUGUUGCUAAGUAACUCUGACCCAAAUUGACACUCACCGGUAGUUCCUCGAGUGAAACCUCGAUAAAAGCCACGCUAUUCCAGGAUCAGCAGACAACACUCACGCGAAGAUGAGCCCAGAGAUUACAACACAGAACAUUUCUUACAUCUCAGAGUGAUUGCAGCGG